AUGGGUAGCGAAGCUGUCUCCCUUGCUUUGGGAACGGUGAAGGAUUUGUUAGCUGAAGAAGCCAGAUUCUUGAGCGGAGUGGCGGAUCAAGUCAAGGAAGUUGAAGUAGAAUUGAUACGGAUGCAAUGUUUCUUGAAAGACGCCGACAAAAAGCAAUUGAAUGAUUCGACAGUCCGUAAUUAUGUCAGGGAGAUCAGGCGUCUUGCUUACAGAACUGAAGAUGUCUUGGAGAAGUUUGCCGUUGAAAUCGAAUCCAGGAGAAGAGGUCACGGCUUCCGUAAGGCUUUCAGAAGAUUUGCGUGCCUAAUUUCUGAAGGAAUAUCUCUUCACAGAGUUGGUUCAGAGAUAGCUAGCAUCAAAGCAGGAAUCAACAGCCUCACCACAAAUCUGGAAACUUAUGGUGUCAUAGCAUUGAGCAGUACUGAAGACGGGCAAAGUUCCAAUGCGAGAUUGGAUCAGAAUCAACAGCGGCUGAGACAAACCUAUCCCCAUCAAGUUGAGGAAUAUUUUGUUGGGAUGGAAGAUGAUAUAAGACAGCUUGUGUCCCUCAUCACUGAUGAGGGACUUAGAUCACAUCGAGUUAUUUCAAUAUAUGGGAUGGGCGGUCUCGGUAAGACCACUCUUGCCAGGAAGAUCUACAAGCACAUUGAAGUAGAACGUGCUUUCAAACAGUUUGCUUGGGUUUCCAUUACCCAACAGUGCAAUACGAUGACUGUCUUUCGAGACAUUCUGAAGCAGCUUGUCCCGGAACAGAGGAAGGAAAGUGUUGAGAAGAUGGAUGAGAGGGAAUUGGUAGGAGAGCUUUAUAGAGUGCAGAAAGAGACAAAAAGCUUUGUUGUUCUUGAUGACCUGUGGGAAAUUGAGGAUUGGAAGCGUCUCAGUGUAGCAUUUCCAUUUGCAGAGGCGGAUAGCAAAAUUUUGAUUACAACUCGGAACCGGAAACUCGCAGAAGUUGAAUUCCCCUAUCGACUCAACCUUCUGAACGAGGAUGAAGGCUGGGAGUUACUUCAAAAGAGAGCUUUUGCCAAAAGAAAUGGCGCAGCUUUUUUUACUUGGUAUGGAGCUGUGUUGCAGGUGUUGGCUCUGAGUUAUGACGAGCUACCCUACCACUUGAAGCCAUGUUUUCUUUACCUGGGGCAAUUUCGUGAGGAUGAGGACAUAGAUGCAGAGAUGUUGUAUCGAAUGUGGACAGCAGAAGGGAUGGUCUCAGCAGAUCAUCGCGGAAAAGGAGAAACUCUGACAGAUGUAGCUGAAAGGUACUUGUAUGAGAUGGCUAGUAGGUCAAUGCUUCAAGUGAAGUUAUAUGAGUUCUCGCCAGCAAGAAAGGUUAGGUCAUGCUACCUUCAUGAUCUGAUGAGGGACUUCUGCCUGGCCCGUGGAAAAGAAGUUGAAUUUCUCAAGUUGCUUGAUUUUCGAGGAGGAAAUGAUCCCUUGUCGGAUUAUUCUACAGAGCGCGACGACAGUACUCCUAGAUGUUCCAUUCACACGGAAAAGCAUGGUCUGGGUGAUGUUGACUCUAUGAUAACUGGUCUGGGUGAUGUUGACUCUAUGAUAACUAUGGCACUGGACGCCAGUGGACAACUGCGUUCUUUAACAUUAAGUGGUGGACAACUGCGUUCAUUUCCAUUUCCAUUUAUGUAUUACAUGGCAAGCAUCUCAUUUCCUCAAGUAAUAUGUGAUUCAAACAAGUUCAAAUAUCUAAAGGUUCUCAAAUUCGAGGGUUACGAUUUCAUGGGCAAAGGUUUGCCUAAAGGAAUAAAGAAGCUGGUCAAUUUGAGGUUCUUCAGUGUAAAGGACAGUAACUUGCGUGAACUUCCAUCAUCCAUAGGUCAAUUACAGUACCUGGAGACACUUGAUCUACGAGUCUAUAACCACAUUGUGGUGCCUGAUGUCUUGUGCAAAUUGAAAGGACUGAAGCAUGUGUAUUUUAUUAGAGUCCUCAACCGUAAAGAAGUAGAACGUGAACGACUAAGUUUUCACGGCUUAAGUAAGCUGGAGACUUUAGUUGGCUUUGACGAUAGUGUCGGAGAAUUGAAACAUUUGAAUAAUCUAAGGUUCCUCCAUGCAAUUGUGCAUAUCAAUAAAAAGAACGAUCUCCCUCAGAUGCUCAAUUACUUGAAUUCCAACCGACACAAGCUACGGGAGGCUCAAUUGGUGAUUGUUGCAGAUGGUAAAGAAGAAGUGCUUCCUUUUCUAGAUCUUUUGUCCUGCCAUUGUCUCCACAAAUCGGCAAUAUUCUACGGAAGGUGCAAGUUUCAAAAAGUUGAACCACCCCUUUCCCCCUCGAACCUCAGUGCCUUAUGUUUGCAGGGGUGUUCAAUUGAAGGAGAUCCAAUGAGUGUCUUGGGAAAUCUUUCCAACUUGAGGAGUCUGACUUUGGAGUAUGUGGAGUUGGUGGAGAGAAAUGUGAUGAUUAUUGAUGCAAAUGCUUUUCCAAAACUCGUAUCUCUGGCGAUCACUCGUAUAACAAACUUAGAAAAGUGGGUGGUGGCUGAAGGAUCCAUGCCUAACCUAUCUCAUCUUGCAAUCGAUAGAUGUGAAGCACUGGAGAUGAUUCCUGAUGGGCUGAGGUUUAUUACAACACUCAGAAAGUUGGAAAUUAAAAUGCCUGAAGAAUUCAUCGUCCAAAGAAUUCAUGGGAUCGAUGGGCGUGGAGGACCGGAUCGUGACAAAAUCUGUCACGUCCCCGUGAUUGCAAUUCAAUCUUAUGGAAGCAUGAAGAAUGAGCCAACUGAUGACAUCUGGAGCGAAGAAUCUUCGAGUUCUGUGGAUUGCAAGUCUAGCCAUCACUGA